AUGUCUGACGGACCGCAGCCGAACGAUGCCGAACACAUGGCCAAUCAUCAACAUCCUCCGUCGGCUGAAGACGCAAAGCAAGCCUUCCCGCAGUCAUUUAACAGUCCUUUCCAAGUAGUCGGCCAAUCUGGCGUCCCAGCGAUGGCUGCUGCUCUGAUGCCGAACGGGAACGUCAUAUUUGUGGACAAGGUCGAGAACUACACACAGCUUGUACUGGACAACGGCCAGUAUGCGUACUCGGCUGAGUACAAUCUCACUACGAACACAGCACAAGGUUUAUCUUUGAACACCAAUCCUUUCUGCUCCGGUGGUGCCUUUCUCGCCGACGGCCGACUUGUGUCGGUAGGCGGCAACGGGCCUUUGUCGGAGAUUGAUCCAACUGUUGGUGAUGGAUUUCAAGGAAUACGGUAUCUUGAGCGUGGAGUCCAUCAUGAGGAUUGGUAUGAACCUGGUCACUUACUAUCAACCCCUCGUUGGUAUGCUAGUGUUCAAAUUUUGCAAGACAAGAGACUGUUCGUUGCCUCCGGCAGCCUCAAUGGAAUGGAUCCGAUGCAAAGCGAGAACAACAACCCGACAUUCGAAAUCUUGGAUGCAGAUGGUAUGCCCGGCAAUGAAAGUACAAUCCUACCAAUACUGUCAAGAAACCAACCGUAUUAUAUGUAUCCUUUUUUGCAUCUUUUGAAGAACGGACAACUUUUCAUAUUUGUUGCACGUUCUGCGGAGAUAUACGAUCCUGAUGGCCAGGGGACUGUCCUCCAGCUGCCAAACCUGCCGGGCACAUACAGAACUUACCCGAACACAGGUGGAAGUGUCCUUCUACCACUUUCCAAGGAGAACGAAUGGGAGCCGGAAAUUGUCAUUUGUGGCGGCGGAUCGUAUGCGGAUAUCGCGAGCCCUGCGGACCGAACCUGUGGGCGUAUUAAACCACUGUCAGAAUCCCCUGAAUGGCACAUGGAAGAGAUGCCAGAGCCAAGGGUUAUGGUAGAAGGUGUCCUUCUGCCCGACGGAAAAGUACUCUGGUUGAACGGUGCUAGGCGGGGUGCACAGGGGUUUGGCACAGCUCAAGAACCAUGUUUUGGUGCGCUCAUCUACGAUCCCGAACAGCCUAGCGGAAACAGGUGGAGUCAUGAAGGAACUUCCAAUAUUCCCCGUCUAUACCAUUCUGUGGCACUUCUGCUUCUAGAUGGAACCAUUAUGAUCGCUGGCUCGAACCCAGUGGAACAACCUCUACUGGAACCAGACUACAGUAGCCCAGAGACUUCGUAUGCGACUGAAUUUCGAGUCGAGGUCUACACGCCGCCUUACUUAUCAGGGGUAAAUGCAUCGAGAAGACCUCACGAUAUCAGACUCUCGCAAACGAACCUUACUUCUGCUGACGACGAACCUUUCAACAUUACUUUUACAAGUAACACAAAUUCGACAGACCUGAAAAUUGCUCUCUAUCACGGCGGUUUCAUCACACAUUCGUUACAUAUGGGCCAGCGUCUCCUUUUCCUGGAUCAUAAAGGCUUUACUCCAGGUGUUGAAGAACAAAUUGUCAAUGUCUAUAUGCCACCAUCAUCGAGUAUUACGCCUGCUGGUCCUUAUGUUAUAUACGUUAUCCUGGAUGGAGUGCCUGGACUAGGGCAGUUUGUUGUUGUGAGCUGA